AGACAAAGUCACAGAAUCAGAAAGCUCUCCUGUCAUUUCUAACCAUAUCAAAACAUAGAAGUGUGACAUUUCAUUGGCUUGUAAAACUAUCAGUUUGAGCAAAGAAACUCUACUAGAAAGGAUCCACACCACAGAAGAACUCAAACGACAUUCCUGGAUUUGGACCUGGAAGACCAUCGGAUCAUGGAGAAUGGCAAAAUAGAGGGUAAUGACAUAGAUGCCAUAGACCUUCAGUUGCAGGCAAUGUGGGUGGAGCUAAAAUCAGGAGUUGGAAGUGUGGUUGAAGAUUUUGCCAACCUACGGCAAACCUACAGCCGCCUGGAGGAGAAAGUCUCCACCUAUCAACAAGAAACUAAUGACAAGAUGCUGUCUCUCAGAAACACACUUAACACAUUACAGGAAGACAUAAGCACUGCUCUAACGCAGCUCUCUGAGGUUAGGAGUAAACAAAAAGACCUGCAGGGGGACCUGGACCUCAUGCAGAGCACUCAACACAGGAAAGGCUCAAGGGGGGAGGGAUCAGUGGAUGGCCACGCCUCUCUAAAUAGCCAAACAGAACUCAGUCUCAUUCAGCAUUACAUAAGCAGCCUUUCAGCCAAUCAGAACUCUUUUCCUGAGCAUGACAGUCAAAAGAAGUCUCCAUUGUGGAGGGAGAAAAAAAACAGCCAAGAUCUGAAAGAACAAAACUACUCAACUAUAACUCAGAGGCAGACUGCAGCUCUGGAGCUGUUGGAGUCUGAGAGAGUUUAUGUGUCAUAUCUCUCACUCCUGUUAAAGGCCAACAUCAGUUUUAACUCCUCGGAAAAUGUCAGCCUCAAAGAUAAACGGCCUUUCCCUCCCUCUCUACGCUUCUUGAUUCAGCAGCAUCUGGAACUCCUUCACCUCCUGCAAGAGAGAGUUCUUAAGAGCCACUGGCAAGGAAUCAUGGGAGAUGUAUUUCUAAGACUCACUAGCAAAGAAAGUGAUUUUCUGGAUCAUUAUGUAUCAUAUUUACGGGACCUGCCAGAAUGUUUGACCGUGGUUACUCUGUUCUCCUCUUCAAAAUCAGGCAGCUUUCUAGAGAGUGACAUCACAGGGGAUGAGACACAUCCGUCUCUACACUCUCUGCUUCUACAACCUGUCCAACGUAUCCCAGAAUACCAUACGCUCCUCCAGAGUCUUCUACAGCAGACAGAGUCAGAGCAUCCAGACUAUUACCUGUUACUGGUGUCUGUGCAACAACUCCGAUAUUUCAUGACCCAGUACAGCCAUCUGCUACAGCACAACCAGGAGCUCCUCACACACAGUCAUGCCCUGCGAGAACACACACACAACCUGUGCACACACCAGCAGGAGUGGCCCCAACACACCCGAAAAGAGCUUAGCAGGUCUACAGUGAGACAGCUGUAUAAAGUCGACUAUGAGAAAAAUAAAAAAAACAACACCAGUGCACAAAAUGAUCCUUCUCGACGUAACAAACACUACCCUGACUUCGAAGCAGCACCCUAUCACUACGACCCAGAAAUCCCGUCCCCUGACUCCUUCCUCUCCGACUCUGACUCUCGCCACAAAGCCAUCUCAGUUCCUCUGCGCAGAAUUCCAAAGACCGAGGGAGCGGGAUCUGGCCUCUCUGAUGCUCUGGGUGCGCUCUUUCCCUACAAAGCUGGAGGCUCUCGCUGCUCAAGCCCGUCUCAUUCCUCUGACUCCAGCAUUGAUAUCGCCUUUGUGCAUUGUAGUCCUUCUCAUAGUCCACCUAUACAGUCCCACAGUAGAGGGCGAAGUGCUGGGGGUGUGGCUUAUAGGUCCAAUAGGGCCUGUGUGUCACCUGACUCAGCAGACAUUGUGAGACCACACCCUCUACAGGCAGUGCAGAGAAAGAGCAAAUCACUGAACGGCCUGCAGAUGGACAGUAUUGAUACUCACGCCCACCAGACAAAAACUCCUGCCCACCCGAAGGUGGAGCGCCAGUCAAGUGGCAAAUCAAGAAAGAGACCCAGUAGUCCAAAACACAGAUAUGAGACACACACUGACACAGAGGAGCAGCCGCAACUAAUACAUCAAAAGGAUCCUAGAGACCUGGUGUGGGAGGAGCUCAAAUUGAGGGGUGUGUCUGAUGACUAUGACCACACCCCUUUGAGUGAACGCAGUAGGAAAGAAGGAAAAGGGUUUAGGAACUCCUUCAAAAAGCUUUUCAAGAAGAAGUCUAGUGGCGAUGGAAAGGAGAAGACAACAGUAAAAGCUGAGUGUCAAAGCAGUGGAGAGCUGGAGACCACCAAAGCCCCUCACAUAGGAGACAUUGACAGAGGAACUGCUGUUUAAACUGUUUUACUAAGUGGUUCUCAACUGGUUUUGCUUCCGGGUACAGAUAUAAACUUCAUGUGGUGAUCCAACACAAUACCACAAAUGCUAAGACUUGUGUUUCGCUCUCUAAAUAUUUCUUGAAGGUUGAGGAUUUCAUGCUUUCGGACACAAAACAUUUGCAUGAUAAAUAAAUGAUUAAUAUCAUUUUGGCCAGAAAUGUGAAAACAUUUGGUUCUUGGAUUGUUUAUGAAAAUAUAUACUGACGCAUAUAAACAAACAGGCACACUUAUCCAUCUUUUGUUCAGUUUAUGCUGACAGGAUGCAAAACUAUGUCUGAUAAAACGUAGAAUGUUAAUCACUCAUAAAUAAAAAUACUGUAAUAAAUACAUUUUGUAUACUUUACAAAUAAAAAUGUAAAUACAUUUGAAUGUAAAUGUAAAUAGUUACAAUUAAAAUAAAACAAUAAUAAAGUGUGUGUGUAUAUAUGACAAAAAAACAACAUCAUUCAGAUGGAUUUGAUAUUUUUUCACCUUGGUUUAAUGUGUUAAAUCUCAUAAAAGAGUUCCACAUUUGAAACAAAAUAUUGGCUUUAUACAGUCUGUAAAACUCAUUAUUUACACUAUAUACAAGACGUGCAUCACAUCACACAAGAGACGCUGCUGUAGUGAACAUGGAGUAGUUUGACACACAUUUGUGAUUCUUUCAAACAUACAGAGUAAAUGGAGAUUAGGCUCAAACACAGUAUAUCUUAGGUCUUGACAAAAAUGUGACAAGACCAGGGUUUAAAACUGCUAUUAGGGAGAUACUCUAUUUGCAGUAGGGUUUUAAUGGCGCAUGAUCUAUGUAAGAAAUUUUAAUGCAUUUUAGAGGUAGACUUGACAUGCUAAAUUUGAGCAUUCAGCUUAACAGAACUUGAUUUUGCAAUUUUUACACAAAAAUAACAGUAUUCAGAUAUGAUGCCAUACAAAAUGAUGGAAAUGUGAGAAAUCUUCACUGACAGCUACAUUCUAGAAAGAGCUCUUUUUCUGACUUCCCAUUUCAAUUUUUACACAUACUGCAUUCAUAAGACAUUAUGUUGUCUCUAUUCUGUUUUCAGUGAGCCUGAUAAAUAGGAUUUCUUAGUUUGUUAUACUUGUACUCUUGACAUCAACUCACCCAUUAACACACACACAGCACGCGGAGAAAAGCACACGUGAGCAAACGUAUUGUGCAAACCUUCAAUAACAGUGCUUGGUAAUGAACUAAAACAUGAAAUAUAAAAACUCUAAAAAUUAUUACAUUCCCAUUAAGUGGCUCGUGACUGCUUAAUCUGGAAAGCAUCUGUGGUAUACAAACAUCGUAAAGACGUCUUUCAGACAUCGGUUUUACAUACAUUCUAAAUCAUAAACAUCUUAAAAAAAAA